CCACUUCCCUGCAGGGCCGUGGACAGAGCAGGGGACCCAGCAUGGAACAGGUCCUAGCCUUGCUGCUUCCUUUUUUCAUGGGGCUCCUCCAGCAAGGCCGCAGUGAGCAGGGUGGGGCCCUGGAGGUGGAGCCCCGCCAGCCAGUGGUGGCGCUGGCCCUGGGGGAAUCGAUGCAAUUCACCUGUCGCCUGACCUGUGCCGCAAGGGCCUCCUCGGUGCAGUGGCGGGGCCUGGACACCAGCCUGGGUGCAGUACAGUCGGGCCCCAACAGCAGCGUCUUAUCCGUGCACAACGCCUCGUUCUCUGCUGCGGGGACCCGCGUGUGUGUGGGUUCCUGCGGGAACAGCACCUUCCAGAAGACCGUGCAACUCCUGGUGUUCGCCUUCCCGAACCAGCUGACGGUUUUCCCAGUGGCCCUGGUGACGGGGCGGCACCAGGAGUUGGCCUGCACGGCCCACAACAUCACCAACCCCGAAGCCCUCUCCUUGUCCCUGCUCCUGGGAGACCAGGAACUGAAGGGGGUGCAAGCCCUGGGCCGGGAAGUGGAGGAGGAGCCCGAGGAGGGCGAGGACUCGCUGUUCCGAGUGACGGUGCGCUGGCGGCUGCCCCCACUGUGGACACCUGCCCCACCCGCUCUCCACUGCCAGGCCACCAUGAGGCUGCCCGGCUUGGAGCAGAGCCACCACCAGCCCAUUCCAGUUCUGCACAUCCUGACCUCCCAGGAGCCCCCCAUCACAACCUCCCGGGAGGCGACCCUGGAGCAGGACUCUACCCGCAGCUCCUGGAGUCCUGGCCCCAAGCCUGGGAACAGCUCCACUAGGCCUUGCCGCCCUGAGAUCCACCAGUCACCAACAUCAGGGGGUCUAGAGCUGCUGUGUGAAGCAGCCUGUGGCCCCAGCACAGCUGUGCAUUGGACCCAGGCACCCGGCGAUCUGGCAGCUUAUAAGAGGUGGGAAGCCGGGGCCCAGGCUUGGCUGAGAGUGCUGUGGGCUGGAUGCCACCCCGAGGGCUGGUUCCAGUGUCGCCUGGACCCAGGGGGCCAAAUGGCCAGUCUGUACCUGUUUCCAGAAAUCUGCUCCUCACACACAUCCGAAGCCCUGUGGGUCGGCAGCUUGGUGCUAGGGCUGCUGUUCCUGGUGUUCCUUGCCUAUCGCCUAUGGAAACGCUGCCAGCCGGCCACCCAACCACCAGCUCACCACUGCCUCUGAAGUGGCCUGCCUCUCCUUCAACUCAGUUGUGACUGGAGAAUGUUUGCAGGGUUUUGGAAAGCAUGAGAGCUGACUAAGGGUUCUUCACCUUGAUGACCGGCACAUCCAAGCUCCCCACUAGGCUGGGUUUCACCUUCGCGGGACCCCUGGGGAGCCAGCCGGAGAAUAAAGAGCAUCUGGUCUGA